GAGAAGCAACCAGGUGGAGGAUGGUAGGGAGCGAAAGUGAGCGCGUCUCCAAGAAUGGGCAAGAAGGUGCGGUGAGACUGCUGCGAAGCGGUGACAGAAAAUUUCGCGGUGGGCGAGGAUAGACGGAUUGGCGCUCGGAUCUUCGGGUCUUCCCUCGAUCGGCCCGUCGAUCGCGCGAAGCGCGGAAAACGCGUGCGGAACGUGCCACCGUUGCAAAAAUCGCAACGAUGAGGUGUAUCGUGGUGUCGUAGUACCUCGGCUUGGUACCAGUCCGCCAGCACGCAGGAAGGAGAGAGGAAGUUUGGAUCGCGGGAGGACGGAAGGAGAAGGAGGGAACGCGUGCCAUGUUACGAACGUGUUGCUGAUGCGAUGCAAGCCAGUGAUUCUCACCUCGCAUCACGAGGUAACGCAUGGAAGAAGAAGGCUGCCUCUGCGCGUUCCUCGACGUGUACUCAGUGAGCGUGAAGUCGCGGUGACGUAAACGUGCCCGCGCACAAACCGUCCUCCUCCUCCGCGAAUAUAUACCACGUAACACGAGAGAUACAUUCCCAUUUCGGCGGCAAGAUGACGAGGAAGCUCAGCAAGUUCUUGAUACUUUUCGACAAUACGAAUCUACUGUACUUUCCCGGCCACUUUUUGUCCGGCCGCGUCCUCAUAGAGCUGGACGACGAAGCUUACGUCUCGGGACUGCAUUUCCACGUUGUGGGAGAAGGUGUAGUUCGGGUGCGCAGUCAACGUGCCGAGAGAGUUUACGACAAAGAGAAUUACAUCGAUUUUCGCAUGCGGCUGUUGGGCGAACCAGGCGAAGGACCGUCACUGCUAUCCCCCGGAAUACAUAGCUUUCCCUUCAAAUUGGGGCUACCAUUGGGUUUACCCUCCACCUUUCUCGGAAAACACGGAUGGGUGCAAUAUUAUUGUAAAGCGGCACUUCGCGAGCCGGGUGGGCUUACUCACAAAAAUCAGCAAGUCUUCAUCGUCAUGAAUCCGAUCGACUUAAAUCUGGAACCUCCGAUAUUAGCGCAACCUGCGAGGCAGGAGAUCGAACAGCGCGUGGGUGUCUCUUGCGUAUCGGGUGGUCCUGUAUUCUGCAGAGUGAGCCUGGAUCGGGGUGGAUACGUGCCCGGGGAAACGAUCGGUAUUUCUGCGACUGUCAGCAAUCGCAGUAAGGUGACAAUGAAGUCGACCAAGGCGUCGCUCACCGAAACGAUACAGUACCUGUGUCGGGGCAAAGUGCUCGCCAGCGAGACUCGCGAGCUAGCUAGCGUCUCCAGGGGGAAGAUUCGGCCGGGCGAGGGCGAGGAAUGGCUGAACGAACAGAUGUAUGUUCCUCCCCUGCCGCCGACGAAUCUCAGAGGGUGCCACUUGAUCAACGUUCUUUAUCACGUUUACUUCGUCAUUAGCCCGAAGAGUCUGGACAAGGAAAUCAAGCUACAAAUACCAAUCGUGCUGGCUACGUACCCCUUGAGGCCGGAGGGUGCACCAGCUGGCACGGCGCCGUCCAAACGAGGCGCUCAUUAUCCAUCGACGCUACCCAUCUUUCGACCUUGGCUCGACGACAAGGCCUUCGAAAUACAAGAGUGAAAGCGUAAUAUUACGUAAUCUAUUAUUGGAUUAUUGCAGAAUUAAUGCCUUUGUAAAAAGGUACUAAUUUUCUGUGAAAUCAUAGACGAUUAUCACAGCUGCGCCCCCGUGCGUUUACUCCGUCAAAAAUCUUCAUUGAUUCUUGUAUUGCUAGUCACAGCAACGCUCAUAUAAAAUUUCAAGGAAAGAAUCGAUGGCGAUCUUUGGAAAUAUUAUAUUCUGGUGCAAUUAUAUGUAGCUGCUAAAAAAUUUAAUGUACAUUAAAUCUCACUGAAUACUGACAACCACGUUAACUCGAUUAAUUGCAUUUGAAAAAACAGAUGUAUAAAUUGUACAAUAUUAUGUAAUAUAAAAUAAUUGAUUAACAUUUUUCAAACAAAAAUAUGCUGAAAGUAUAAAGUGGGGACAACUUAAAAUAUAUUUAUAAGAAAAACUAUACCUAUAAUGUAUAAAUUGGGAACAAU